CCUCCUGAAUUAAAGGCGGGGUUUACUGUUUUCUCGUGCAUGUGGAUAUUUAUGUCUUUCUGCGGUCCGUUACAUUGUUUGAUCUCCGUGAUCCGGUCGGGAGUUCAUUUGAUUCACAUUUACGGGCUCUCAAAACUGUAGAUGCGACUAAACAGUCAGGGAUUCAUUUGACGCUUGAUCCGGGAGAAUCAACAAAUCCGAGUAUGAAGAAUAAACAGUGAAGUGAAGACACUCAGGAGCCCGUUUAUAAUGGGCUUCUUUUUCAUCUUCAGGAAAUGAUUGAUAUUUAAAACACCAUGCCUCCAGUGACCUCUCAGGAACCUCUCAACAUCGAUGUGGUCAUCUUUGGCACUGGGAUCUUUGUCUUUGUUUUAAGCCUGAUAUUCUGCUGCUUCUUUAUAAGUAAAUUGAGACAUCAAGCUCGCAAUGUGAGAGCUGGAUACAAGAUGGUUGUAUUUGAAGAUGAAACAACAUGGUUACAUGCACAUGGGUUAACAUGUGCAGUCUGUUUGGAGGACUUCAGGACAAAAGAUGAGCUUGGAGUGUUACCAUGCCAACACGCCGUUCACAAGAGGUGUCUGGUGAAGUGGCUGGAAGUGAGAUCUUCAUGUCCCAUGUGCAACAACCCCAUCAGUGCUGCUCUGGGGCAAACGCACAGCCCGGGAAACCUGCUGGAUGAGCUGCUCUAAACCUGCUUUUCUGCCAAACUCGAACCUCAUUAAGGUUAACUUCGAAUGAAGUUCUCUGAUACGGGCGACAUUUUAACCUAAUAAUCUUGUACAAUUCAGACAAAAGACGUUUAUUUAAAAGCUCUGCUGUUGCAAAGCAUCAUUUGUAAUGUUUUUUGCGUGUCUGGUUUAAAAUGUUUGCAUAAUGUUUACAUACAGUAUUGUGGGUUUCUUUUUUUUUUUGUGUCCUGUGUUAGCAUGCAAGAUAUUUUGCAAGUAUUCACUUAAUGAAUUGAAUUCAUUUAAAUUUAGUGGGACAGAAAACAAAUGCUAAAUUGAAAUCAAAUAGGACUUAACAUGCAUAUUUCUGGGCCUAUGCAGGUUAUGGUAAUAAUAGAAUACAUAUUAACAUACAUAUAAUUGUUGGAUUUUACAGACAUCAAUUUUUACUUAAAGCAAGACCAUUAUU